UCGUCCUCUGCGUGCACACGUCUUCACUGCUCGAAGAACAGAUAUUACAGCUCAGAACUUCUCCUCUUCUCUCUACGUGCGAUCUAUAUAUCUCUUAUCUUGGAGCUUCAAGUCAGCUGCUCCUCCGCCUCUACCCGCCAGAAACCCCCCGGAUACCGCAUGGGAAACCCAAAUUCGUUGAUGUCGUCUUUCGAACCCAUCUCCAAGAAGUCAGGCCGCACAUUCAUCCCGCUGAGUAAACCGAAUAAACCGCUGUAUCCCGACUCCAAUCCGCAAUCAUGGACAAUGUCGUGAAGCCGAAGCAUGACAAGGUCCAUACCAUUUCCGCUGCAGCUAUCUCUCACGACGCAGGGAAGGCGGCCGUGAGCAGUAUUGCUACGGAGAUUCGAGUCACCACUCGCUCGUCAGCGGCUGCGAAAGUCGUUGCUGCGAAGAGUGGCGAUACAGCCAGGAAUGACAACCUCAAGACUCCUAGCGGUAGCAGCAAUGCGGAUGGAGUGCGUGUCCUGACUUUGGCCGAUUAUAAGGGCGCUGCUAUGUCUCUGGCCGAAGCCUUCAAGGACGACCAUUCGAGCAUGUACUUCACUCAUACGCCAGACCGAAAGGACUGGUCCGAACAGCAGCGUUGGGAACUGCAUGUCAAGAUAAUGGAGUACAUCACCUAUGCGCAUAUCUUGAAGGGUCUGGUACUCAGUGCUGGACCAAACUAUGAUUGCGUCGCACUUUGGAUGCCACCCGGCCAAAACAUGGACGACUACCUCACCAUCCUCCGCAGCGGCAUGUGGCGCCUCAACUACCAACUCAGCGCCGAAGGCCGCAAGCGAUUCUUCGACGAAUUCCUGCCCCUCCUCAACAGCACCAAAGCCCAAGUCCUCGGCGACCGGGACGACUCGAGCUGGUACCUCGUCUACAUUGGCACUCGCGCUUCCGGACGCGGUAAAGGCUACGCGAGGAAGGUGAUUGAUUAUGUCACCGAUGUGGCGGAUCGAGAGGGCAGGGCGUGUUAUUUGGAAAGCUCGAAGGAGGUGAAUCAGAGGAUUUAUGGGAGGAUGGGGUUUGAGGUUGUGAAGAAGGUGUAUUUGCAGAGGGAGAGGGAGGCGGUGGAGUUGGAUAUUAUGGUUAGAGAGCCGAAGAAGCGGGAGACGGACGGGGAUAGUGGGGUGUUUGUGGAGUGA